AUGGGUGCCCAAGAGUCGAAGCCCCAGGCCUACGAAUGGAAGGUCUCAGGACCGCCAAGCGUCUCUCUGCCCGUCAUGGAGUCGCUGCAAACUAGCCCCGAAACGGAUGCCUCCCGUGCCAAGCUAGUUGAGCAACAUAUCCAGGCCCGCGUUGCUGAAGAGCUCAAGAGGCUGCAGAAGCAAGAGUCCGACGCCCUCAAAUUCGCACACGAGAAGAUCUCAGAGGCGGCUCCUUCAAUCACCGACGACAAGGGCCCCAGCCGCUACACCGUCAGCAAGGAGAUUGAUGAGCUGCGCAACAAGCUCGAGCAGCGCAGGAUUGUGCGAGAGUUGCCCGAGAGUGUGGAGACGGCACGAAACAAUGUCAUUCGAUGCUUGAGAGAGAACGACAGGAGACCUCUGGUGUGCUAUGACGAAGUCGAGGCGUUCAAGGCGGAAGUGAAGAAGCUGGAGAAGGACUGGAUCAACAAGGUCACGGCAUAG